CGCCGUCGUCUCCACUCUGUCAGAGACCAGGAGGAGCACGCACGGACGCGCCGCAAGCCGCCAAGCGCCCAAGCCGGAGAGCGAAGCACAUGCUGGGCCUUCUCCGCCGCCGCGCCGCAUCCUCGCCGGCGGCGAGCCUCCAGCUAUUCCAGUGCUGUUACCAUCGAAGCAGUGAGAGACUAUUGCCUUGCCGAGACCAGGAAGUCUCAUAUGGUCUCAAUUGGGCUAUUGCUGCGAGAGGUGUUGUCGUAAAAGAUAAGGUCUUCUACAACUUGGAGCCGUCUGAGCUUCAGAAAAGUGGCACUGCUUACGCAGAGCGUUUGUCUGGUACUCCACUUCAUGUCAAAGGAAAUGUUAUCGGUGGGUUCCCUGAAAUUUCAGGAGCUCAAUUUGCAAAGCUUCUGAAACAGGUGACCUUUCACCUUUCAUCCAUCUCAAGUCUUUAUGUCCAAGAUGGUGCCAUUGGUUCAUCUGCAGAAUGUGAUGCAAAGGUCCGUGUUAUAAGUGACAACCCCUCUGCCAUCAUGUCACUCUCCAAUAUCCUUCAGAAAAUACCAGAUCGUGCGAUUUCCCACGACACAUGCCCUUUAACUAUAUAUGUUGCCAGUUCCAUCAGUACCAACGUCAGGAAUGCUCUAGGUUCAGGGACACAAUAUGCUAAUGGAGUUGCAGUGGCAGACAUAGAGCGCUCAUCACUUAUCCUAUGUGGUAAAGCAUUUGCUGAUUCCGCUAUGCUAAAAGAUGCUCUUACCGCUUUGGCUGCCCCUAUACUGUCUGCAAGAGGAGGCCUCCCUGUCCCUGGCUGGCUUCUGUCUUCUGGCGGUUCUAUCGUACUGCUGUUUGCUCCAGUGGAGGUCAUCAAGUCCUGCUCCGAAAUUCAGGAUGUUCUUGUGUCUACUGAUAGCGGUGUAGUUAUCUGUUCAAAACAAUCUAGUGUGCUUUUCCCAACAAAGUCAAGACCACCACAGUUGUUUACCAAACCAGCUACAGUGGUUGUUGUAUCAUCUGAUAGCACUGAUGCCCUACCAUUAGUAUCAAAGCUCUCUCCAGGUCAGGCAGCUUACCAUUUCUUAGCUGGAUAUGAGGAUGGUAAAUUCAUCCCAGCUUACAACAGGGCCCCCUCUCCUUUUGACCAGCUUGCCCUCGCGAAUUCCUUAUUUUUGCAUUUGAAAAAAGACAAGACACCAACUUAUCUGAUCAAUGCCAAGAGCUCCGGAAAGCAAAUUGAUGGCAAGGACUUGAUGAGACUAAUCGAGCUGGCGCAAUCUAACGGCAUGCCAGACAGCACCAAACCUGAGGACACUAGAGUGGCUGAACUCAAGGGGAAGUACAGGGGCUUUAUAUCCAGCAAGUUUGGCAAAUGUUUACCCGAGGAGUUCUCAUUCUGAUAGAUACAAGUGUUAACCUAAUGCAGUGUAGGGUAGUUUUACGCCGGGCCCUAGAUAGGCUUUGCAUUCUAAAUUGAGCUGAGAUAGCUCCCCAAUCUCCUUCGUGAACAAGAAAUGCAUCAUUAGCUUUGUCUCCUCUUGGUGUUGGGAUGCAGAGCUGCUGUGCCUUCAUAAUAAAUAAACUCAUUAGCAAGCUGUGUACAAGCAGUCACUAGUUGUACAUUCCA